CCCCCCACGAGAGCGCCCACAUGGUGAGCUAUAAUACCGGCGCCGUCUCUCAUCUCGAUCGAAGUACCAGUCAUGGCGGACUUCCAGGCGAUCCUGAACAACCUUCUCUCCGGCGACAAUGACACCAGGAACCAGGCAGAGGAGCAGUUCAAUGGAUUGGCACUCAGCGUAAAGCUGCCGCAUCUCGUGACGGCUCUUAGAGCGCUGGGAGCAUCGGCUGAGGUCAAGACAAUGGCAGCAGUCCUAUUGCGGCGAGUGUUCCUGCAGCUAGACUACGGCGACCUGCACAAAGAGGUGGACCCUGGCGUUCUGAGACAAUGUCAGACGGAGCUCCUCCAGGGCCUGUCUUCCGAGCCUCUCCCUCCCAUUCGCAGGAAAAUCGGAGACGCUGUCGCUGAAAUGGCUCGAUCAUCAAUUGACGAUGACAAUGUGAACCAUUGGGUGGAGCUGCUCUCGUUUCUCUUUGAGUGCUGUACGUUGGAACAACCUCACCUGUACGAGUCAGCUCUACACAUCAUUAGCGUGGUUCCUGGAGUGUUUGCAAACCAACUGAUCAACUGUCUUGACGUCAUCAAAGGCUUAUUGCUCAAAGCUCUACAAGCCCCUCAGAAUGAAGUGCAGUCAGAGGCAUUCAAGGCGACAGUGGCGUUCAUUACGCACCUGGACUCUGCCCAGUUGAGAAGCAGGUUCAUAGACAUGCUUCCUCUCCUGCUCGCAAUAGUGGGUAAGAGUGUCGAGGGACAAGAAGAUGAUUCCCUGCUGAAGGCGUUCAUUGACCUCGGAGAGCAGUGUCCCAAGUUUAUGAGGCCCCAGUUGGACGCCACCAUUGAGCUCAUGCUGAAGGGGGUAUCAGGACACACUCUCUCUUGUCCUGAAUCUGUGUCCUAACUCAGGGGGUAUCAGGACACACUCUCUCUUGUCCUGAAUCUGU